AAGGAAGAAGAAAAAGGUCUCCCCAUUGCUGAGCUAAAAGCAAAUCUCAAAAUACAAUCUCUCCUCCUCCACCGCCCACCUCCACUAAUGGUUCCACCGUCGUCAAAUCCGCCGUCAAACCCCCAACAAACCCAACAAUUCCUGUCCUCCGUCCUCUCCCAACGCGGCCCUUCCUCCCUCCCUUACACCGAAGACACCAAAUGGCUCAUCCGUCAACACCUCCUUUCUCUCGUCUCCAACUACCCUUCCCUCGAACCCAAAACCGCCACCUUCACUCACAACGACGGCCGAUCCGUCAACCUCCUCCAAGCCGACGGCACCAUCCCCAUGCCUUUCCAAGGCGUCACUUACAACAUCCCCGUCAUCAUCUGGCUCAUGGAAUCUUACCCGCGUUACGCUCCCGCCGUCUACGUCAAUCCCACGCGCGAGAUGAUCAUCAAACGACCCCACCCCCACGUUUCUCCUUCUGGGUUAGUUUCGAUCCCUUAUUUGCAUAAUUGGAUUUACCCAAGCUCUAAUCUUGUCGAUUUGGUCGUUAAUUUGAGCUCCGCUUUUUCGCGUGAUCCGCCUCUUUAUUCGCAACGUCGUCCCAAUCCUAACCCUAAUCCUAGUCCCAGCCCUAGUCCCAGCCCGUCUAUUAAUACCUCCAUGUCGCCUAGUUACGGGCACCAUCCGCCGCCGCCAGGGCCUAGGGUGGCUCACACAGCGGCGGGGGUGUAUCCUCCGUCUCCGUAUGGGAGGGUACAUCCUCCACAGCACUCACAACCUCGUCCGACUUCGAUGGAUGAUGCCGCCGAGGUGUAUAAGAGGAACGCGAUGAAUAAGCUGGUGGAAAUGGUUCAUGGCGAUAUAAUCGGGAUGCGAAAAGCUAGGGAAGUCGGAAUGGAAGGGUUGUUUUCGGCUCAAGCUGUGUUGAGAAGAAGAGAGGAGGAGAUUAAUAAAGGGUUUAAAGAGAUGCAAGAGGAAAAGGAAGCUUUAGAGCAGCAAUUACAGGUUGUUUUGAUGAAUACAGAUGUUUUGGAUAGUUGGAUUAGAGAUAACGAAGGGAAAACAAAGGACUUAGGGAAGAACAAUGUGAAUGUCGACGAGGCAAUUCGUUGUGUCGAUGUUCUCUCUAAGCAAAUGUUGGAUUGCACGGCUGCUGAUUUAGCUAUCGAGGACGUGGUUUAUUCCUUGGAUAAGGCGGUGCAAGACGGAGCUGUGUCGUUCGAUCAGUACCUGAGGAAUGUGAGGCUGUUGUCAAGGGAGCAGUUCUUUCAUAGGGCUACUGCUGCGAAAGUUAAGGAAGCUCAAAUGCAGGCUCAGGUGGCAAACAUGGCUGCUAGACUGUCACAUUUUGUCUCGUGACUGGUUAUCGUUUUGUACCAGAUUUGUCCAUACAACGGAUCGUGUUAUUCGAGGUUAGAUUCUUGUCAACAUUUGAUAUUAAUAAUAUGAUAUAGCAUCAUUACAUUUAGUUUUAUCCAUAUGCAUCAUUCAUAUAUGUAAUUUGUAUGUCGACACUCAUUUUUUGCGUUUUCUCUUGUUGCGAUGAACUUGGCAUUUGUGAGAAACUGAAAUGGAGUUAGCUAUUGUACGAG